CAGAAAUUCAUACCUAUAAGUACAAUGUCUAUCAUGCUAUGAAGAUUCACCUUUUAAUCUCAAUUUUGCACCCCCAAAAAUAUUAUUUUGGUGUUGGGUCUGAAUCCAUAGCUCAUACGACUCUCGAUGGCUGUUGUGGAUAAGGAACUGUGUGAGCGGGCUCGCGAGGUUAUUCAGCACCGCAUACGUCCUCGCGAUGAAGUCGUUACUAUUAGACGGCACCUAGCCCAUGAUCUGGCCCAGAGCUUGGGAACAGAACAACUUAGUAGCCCGUUAUCACUCAUCGAUCCAGACACUGUUAUUAUUUCUUCUGAGGCGUUGCCAGGAAUAUAUCGCGAUUAUAUCAAGGCAGUUCGAAGAAACAUCGAAAUCCGAGAUGGAUUUACAAGGCUGCAAGAGGAACAUGACGCAGCCAAUGUUUCUCUCCCGUCUCUACCUGAGGAGGACCAGCAGACGCGACUUCUCGAACUUCAACUCGAGGUCAAUGCAUUGGAGCAGGAGCGUGAGAAAUUGGACAUAGUCAACAGAUACCUAGAAGAACUGAGCCAACAACCCGCCGCAGCGGACGACUUUCUUAAACCCGAUAUCAUGUUCAGGGGCUGCACACCUCUCCCCGAAUUACCUAAGGAGCUAAUGGAUGGAUUUACCCAAGAUCGCGACGCACCCAAUCGCGAGAUCCAGGAAUUACUCUCGCGUCUCCAGAAGGCGGUGUUACGAAACAAACUUCUAGCACAACGUGAAAAGCAAAAUUUCGAGAAACUAAAGGCCAAAAAUCCAACCGAUCCUAGUAGUCUCUCUCCAGAAGUACAACUCCACGCGCUAAAUGCUGUGAAGGAGAGCUUGAUAAACUGGAUCGAGACUAUGUUAACAAAAGCUGGCGGUGACGAAGAGGAGCCAAGCUUUGAAUCCCCAACCAAACCACGACAAGAUGGCCAAGAGAAAUUUGACCGAGACGCAAGUACGGCCGAAAUUCAAAAGGAAUACCAGCAGCACAUCGAACUCCGUAAAGAAAUUUUAGCUUCUAUAGCCCAAUUGAAGCAAUUAAAUCUCGAGUCACCACAGGGCCAAGAAUCACAGGCCCCUCAGGAGCUCCCCCCACCGAGUAACUCCGACUCCGAAGCAUUCCUCCUCACACCAUAUCUAGAGAAACUCCAAGCCAUAUCACGCGAGCAAAAGGGUCUUAUUCAAGAAAAGUCCCACAUCAACGCCACCCUCGCAAAACAACAGCAAGAUAUUAACAAGAUCACAAACCACCUAGUAGAGGAAAGCCAUCUACUCCAAACAUACCCAACCAAGAAAUCCGGCAAAUCCAAGUCGAGUUUCGGCGAAGCCACAAAAGGAGCAAACAGAUCCAAUGUGACGAGUCAAGUCGAGCCCUGGAUCUCCGCAGCCAACUCAGCCCAAAUCGCUACUCUCGAGACGGUCUUUGAGAAGGUUGAAGAAGGCCAGGCGGCGGCCGAAGAUGCCAUGCAAGCCCUAGACCAAGCCCGCAAGCUCUUAAACAAGGAUGACGUUAAAAUAGGAGAUACUCCAGGUGAGCAAGAGACUUCUGAACAUGAUAUGUGGGUGGGAGAGGAUGAUGAAAAUAGCGGAACCCGCGUUAGAAAGAACAGGGAGAAAAAGGUAGAAACCCAGAAGGGGUUGAGCAUCUAUGCGAAAUUGGACGGCAAUUUAGGGUUGAUCAACGAAUAACGGGUUAUCACUGUUUUGUUAGGGCC